CAAGAGAGAGUUUACAUUACUGAAAAUGGCGGAUGACAUCGAUGACUUGUUGGAUGAAGUUGAGUCAAAGUUCUGUGAUAAAAAGGCAAAGAAACGUGUCACUAAAACUGCAAGCGAAACACAAAGACCAAAUUUGAAGAAAGGGAAUAGUUCUUCAAAUACAUCCUGGGCAGGAAGUGAUCUUUCAGAUGCAGUAAGAGACAUUCUUGAUGAAGAUGGAUUGGAUCUUGAGCCAACGAAUCUGACAAAGAAGUCAUCAGUGGUUGCAAACAAUGCUGGAAUAAAAUGUUUUCCAAUAUUCAUCGCAGGGUCCUCAAGAUCUGUAAAAGACAAGACACAAAGGGUCUGUGACAGGCUUCACUGUACAACAUGUGAUAACAAAGUUGUCUAUUUUGAGAAUUUUCAGUGGAAUAAUAGCUGUGAUUAUCUAUUUUUCCGUAAUAAUUAUCCUGACUUUAGUAAGCUGAAAGGCAAUUUGAUACCUGAUCAAGGAUCUCGGGCCUAUUGUUGUCAAUGCAGUUGGACAGCAGUGAAGACAUUGGUGAAUUUGAAUCAACACACAAACUUUAAAUGGAUCUGCAAAAGGCAUUAAACCAGGCAAAUCAGUUUUUUAAUGUGCAUUUUCAUCCUCUGGAAAUAGCUUGAUAUAACAAAGUCAGUUGAAUUGAAUUGCAUUACCUUGAACAAUGUUAAUUUUAUAAUUAGUAAACAUGAUAAUUUAAUUUAGCAUAACGUGAGCACAGAAAGGGAAUUUUUUAUCCUGCAGUUUGAGGACAUUUAGGUGGAUGUACUGUCACUGCCUUCCUUCUAUAUUGUUCCUUGACAAUAGAAUCAUUAUGGUCUAAUAUAAGCCUUAUUUAAUUUCGGGAAGUUCCACUAGGAACCUGUGAUUGUGAUGGUACAUUAAUUUGAUAAUCCUUUUCAAGGUACUUUUAGACUAAAUGUAAUUUUGUGAACAAUUUUUUGGUGGUAUAAAGGUGGCUUUGAAAAAAGCAAAUAUUUCAAAUUUUAGUUACAUAAGAUCUUUGUCUUCUUUUUAUGUUAGCAUUUUUUUUAAAGUCUAAGUACACAAGAUUGAUUUCUUUUUCAUUUGCUAGUUAAAUGAAAGAAAUAAUUGACUGUCUUUAGUAUGAUUUAGCAAUUUUGUAGCUGUGAGGUGGUUAUAUAAAUUUUCAUCAUCUAAAAUGUUUGUCCCUCUGUUACAUUGCUAAUGGCUAUUUUGGAAUAUAAUUUUUCUAGCACAGAGUCACUUGAUAUAACCUAAAUAAAGAAGUAGAUGUGAUAUUGUAGAGAUAAUGUUUUUAAUGUAUUAUUUAUUGCAUUUAAACUAAUUACUUAUAAGAAAUUCUUUU